UUUACCCUUUUCACUCAUCACGGGCCAAAACUCUAUCAUUUUGCUGCGUUGGUGUUUGCCUCCUUUCCCUCCCUGCCUCCCUCCCUUCAUUCAUCCAUCCAUUGAUUCAUCUCAUCUCCACCUCCCCUUCAAUUUCUACAUCAAACCCAUCAUCCAGAUUCCCUCCUCUUGCUUUGCACGCACCGCUUGGGACAGAAUCCUAAAAGCUUCGAAGGCUGCAAUUGCUGACUUCUCUCCCUCUCUCUCUCUCUCUCUCUCUAGCUGGUCCUUUUUGACUCCAAAUCCCACCUCCUUUUUCAAACCCUCUUCGCGCUUCUCCAGGGUACGUGCCGGGAGAUGCGGCGGGCUCUGUCCGUCUUGUGAGAGGGGAAGGUGCUCGCGACCACUACCCUCUUGCUCUGUUUUCGCUCUGUUUUUCCUCUGCGCGCCGCCCGCGCGGGGCCGGCAAUGGCGAUCGACGUCUGCUCGGAGAUAUCGAGCCCCGGCCUGCUCAGCCCUCGAAUCUCCUUCUCCCACGAUCUCAGGGAAUGCGACGACGCCGUGCCCGUCGAAGAUGACGGCAGCCACCGGGAGAGGCUCGACCGGUCGCUGCUGGACUCCGACUUCGACUUCUGCGUCGGCGGGUCGAGUUUCGUCCUCGAGCUCUCCUCAGCGGACGAGCUCUUCUCCGACGGCAAGAUCCUCCCCGGCGAGAUCAGGAGGGACAGAGUGGUGACUGCCGAUCACAAUAAUUGUCGUCGGAUACCAUCGUCUCAUCCUCCUCCUCCUCCAUCUGGGACUCCUCCGAUUUCUAGUGCUGCGUUCACGGAGAAGAAGAGUUUAAAGGAGCUCCUGUCGUACAGCUUCGACGACGACGACGAUGACGACGAAGUGGAUGAGAAGCCGCCACCGAAGCCGUUCUGGCAGUUCAAGCGCAGCAGCAGCCUCAAUUGCGACGUUGCCAAGAGCAGAGGGCUAAUCGGGUCGCUGCAGUUCCUCUCGCGGAGCAACUCGACCGGUUCAGUUCUGAAUCCAAAGGACAAAUCCGCGGCCAAGGACAACCAGAGGCAGAAUUUGCAGAAACAGUCCUCCAUUUCAAGUCGAAGAUCGUCAUCGGAUUCAUAUCAAUCCCCCUUCAGCAUGCCAUUUUCGUACAGUUCGUCGCAAUCGCAGAAGCCUCCGAUGAAGAAACGAUACGGACACGGCGUGAGGGUCAAUCCCGUAUUGAAUUUUCAGCCUCAUAUCACGAUCGGGACGGUGAGCUUGUUCGGGCUCGGCUCGUUGUUCUGUAAUGGCAAGGUCAGAAAGAAGAAGAAAUGAACGAUCUCGAUUAAUCUGUUUAUUAAUUCGCACGAACACAGAGAAAAGAAGAAACGAGCUUUUUUAAUUGCCUCUUGUUUUUGUUUGUGCACAUGUUUAGAUGGAUCUCAUGGUGGUAGAUCUGGGGCUCGAUGAAUUAGCAUGUGAUAAGGUUCUUGAAAAAUUCCAGGGAAUAUAAUGUACGGGUCUCUGUGGUGGAUGCAUGUUCAAAGAUCAGGUUUUGGUUCCU